AUGGGGGGCGGCGGCGGGUCGGGGACUCAGCGCCGCGCCGGGGGCAUGGCCCCGGCCCCGCGGCCGCCGCCGCCUGUGAGCGGAGAAAAGCGCGGUUAUAGCGGCGGCCCCCGCGGGAGGCGCACCCGGAGCGGUUCCGUGCGGCGCUUCGGGACCGCCCCGCGUUCACAGAGGGACCGGGGAGAGCGGGGUCUCGGCCUGGGCAGCGCCGAGGGUGGGGGGGAUCGGGGGCUCACGCGGGUCUGCGCCCGGAGACCGCCCCGGAUUGAGGCGACGCCGGGCACGGAGGAAGAAGAGGAGGAGGAUCGCGCUCCGGGGGAAGCACCCCCCGCCCGCCCCCUUCCCCGGGAGCGGGCAGGAGCGAGCGCUCCGCGCGCCUUUGAUGAGGAGGCGCGGGCAUCCUCCCCCCGCCCGGCUCCAUACAAAGGCCGCUUUCCAGGAACUUUCCAGGAACCGCAUCAUGUGACAGGACCCGCUCCGAGCCGCACCGCUCCCGGGCAGCGCCGCUCCGCCGCAUCGCCGCGCAACCCCCCUCUCCGCACGGGCCGCCGCUUCGCACCGCGCCUCACGGAUCGCGCGGAGACGCAAGGCCGCCGCCGCCGCAGUGACAACGUGCAGUCUGGGGCUGUGCGCAGUGCUCACCUCAGGCGUGUUUUCAGAGCGCUCACAGCAGGCAACGAACACGGCCUGCCCGAGGCCCCGUGGCUGCAGGCCUGCAGGGCUGGGCAUGGCCUCGCACAGCCCCACGCGCUGCACAACCUCAGUGAGCUGCCCAGCGCCCGCCUGCUGCCCAAGGAUGCUCGGAGCACCUCGGUCACACGCUGCGGUGCGGAGCCUGGGGAUGCCCGGCUGUGGGAGCCCCGGCUGGGACAAGCCGUGACCGAGGCCGGAUCGUGGGCACCUAUCUCAGCUAUCUGCCUGAGCCCCGUGCCAGAUGUGGCUCGAAAUCCUCAGAUGCCCUCUGCUGCCAUGGACCAGAAUUAACAGAUGGCUCCGCGUAACCGGGUUUAGAUUUGCUGAAGUUUUUGCUAUUAUUUCUGCUUUUGUAAAUGGAUGGGGGAGGGGAAAAAAUAUCUGGGAUUAUUACAAAACAGGCAGAGCUUUUUAAAAAGUGUUAAGUCUGGGGCUGGGUCCCUUCUGACUGUGAAUGCCAUUGUCCCAUAUUUCAAAAUGUUAACACUAUUUUUAGCUUUCUCUUCAGAGCUCCCUCCCCUGAUAGCUUAUCCCUCUGGGUAUGAGUUUGGCCCAGCGAGCCGCCUAGGGCACGGCACACUUUGCCCCAGCAUUUUGGGCCCCACUGUGUCUGAUGGAACCAGCUCUGCUGUUGUGGCCCAGCUCUGCUCGGUCACACACAUUCAGCUGCCCUAUGUCCCUCUGCUGGCUGGGUUGUUGGGGGCCUGUAUCUGAAGUGGGACAGGUGGCACCUAUGUCCCACACAUGUGCCUGCAUCAGUUCUGUGUGCAGUGAUACACACAGCAGCCCUGGAACACAACAGAUCCUGGAGGGGAUCCCAUGGCAAGCUCCAAGAAUUGAGCGGCUUUGCUGUGCCUGAGCUUUCGCUCUGCCUGAGCUUUUGCUGUUUCUCACAGCAGCUCCUACGAGGAAAAGCCAACCAAACCUCCCCACCUAAGCUCCCAACCUGAUUCCCAAUGGAGAGUACCAAGGUGGUCUGUGUCCCCUUUCUGUACAGUGCCAUAGCCACCUCAUGUCCUGGGGCCAGCUGCUUGCUGGGACAGGAUGGGAUGGGAUGGGCAUUCCCAGCCAUCCACCACUUUUAGCUACACAGUUCUAUGCUGCUUGCAUUGUUCUAAAGUUUGCUUUGUUUUCUUUCUUUUUUUUUUAUUUUUUUAUUUCUCUUCUAGAACAUAAUCUUGAAUUUACAGAAGUCCAUGGCAAAAUCUGGUUAAGAAGGGGGCUGUUUUCUGCGAGACUAUUUGUGAAGACUCCUGGCUCUCUGCCUUUGUGUACAAGGCUGACACAUGGCCCAUGCAUCCUCACUGUGCCCAGCAGCAUGCCCACUCCUUGCAGAGCUCUAUUGCAGGGAUGCACGUAGCCCUCCAGUGGAUGGGCUGUAUCCCAUCACUGUGGCAAACCUGUGGAGCUGUGAUAGCUUAUAAAACUUGACAGCAUGGUCCAUUGCAUGUAUUUUUUCUAAAUCCAUAUUUUUCCAAUUUUUUUUUCCUGUAGUGGCAAGUUUUUUUCUAUCCAUCUGGGAGCAGAAUCCUGUGCUCAGCGUAUGUAAAUAACAGCUGUUUCCACUCAAUUGCAUUUAUGUACUUAACACUUCAAAAUAGUUUUUUUCUAGAAGUUUCACAAUCUAGUCACCAUCCAUGCUUAAACAGAGGUACUGGGGAGAGGUUAAUGAAACCCCUCUGGACUGGCUGACAAAAGUAUACAGCUGCAGCUCUGGAAUCCCCGCACAGGACGGAUUGCUGAUGCUGACAGCCAUGCUCUGAUGCACUGUGGAGGCAACUUCAUUCCUGAGGCAGCCUCAGCUCUGGCUUCUGGGGCUGCUGCGGGGGUAGCAGGGUGCCAAGUGAGGAGAGGAGCUGUGCUGGUAGUGCCUUCCAGGCAAAGUUAAUUUGUCAUGUAGAGCAGCUGAACAGGGGGAAAAAUGGCAAGUAAUUUAGAGGGAAAAGCUUAUCUGCCAGUGUCGCAGAUUUUUAAAUGCAUUAACCUAUUGCAUCCUGAGAAGAAAGGGAGCUCUUUAAUGCUCUGAUAUAUCUUUUGUUGUAAUGUCACUAGCUCUGAAAUGAAAAUACAGCCUUUUUAUUUUAAAAUGCCUCAAUGAAGAUUUCAAUAAAUUAAUGUUCGAUUAUUAUUUUUGUCCAGAAGCCUCAUUAUUUUCCCAAAUGCCUCAACCUGAGCUAUUUCAUUAGACUUUUGGAUCCUCUGAAGGCCCAGGAUUACAGAGCAUUGAUAUUUAGUUACCCUUCAUUCACUCCAUUUACUCUGAUGCAGACUGCUGAGAGCUGUGUGUUCCUAAAUCCGGGCUGUUUUUUAUGUUACUGUAU